CGUUCCCUAUUGGCUGUAUGUCGUGUAGUAAAUAACGUUCGGGAUACACAACAAAAGCUCUCUUCCACUUUCAUCGAGAAUGUGGUGGGUUUGUAAAAUAAACGCGAAGUUACUAUGUUUUUAGUCAGAACGUGAAAUUUGAAUGAUAAAUAGAUGUUCAUAGAGGCUAACGGAGAAGCGUAAUUUAUAUUCUUAAAGGGAAUUUCUGGCAUUUGAAGUAACUUUGUGUGUAGACAAGUAAACUCGGAAGAGUUUAGUAAUGGGGGCAUCGUCUUUUUGUUAGCUAAGUAACCCACUCAGAUUAACACCUCAGUCCAGAUAUGAUUUGGGGUGCCCGAGAUAAACCAAGCCCACGUUGAAACUGUGUGUGCUUUCUUGUGGUCGUUGAUGUCUCAUCGGUCACCUCCAAAGGUUGCUAUGAAUUCCAGUGGACCUGUGCUCACAAAGCAGAAUCCCUUCCCACCAGCACCGAAAGUGAGGACGGCACACUACCACCCAUCCAGCAACCAACCCCUUUCAAAGAAAGAGAAAAAAACUUUCUUCUUGCAGACACUAAGUCCUGUACGUUUAAACCAGCAAUCCAGAACAAAGUUACAUAACCUAAACCAAGACAGCCAGCAGCUGUCUAAGAAGCAUUACCGUUUUUCCUCCAUUGAUGGACAACCUGUUCUUAAAGACUCCCAGGCCUCCACUGUCUUUGAAUUCUCUCCUGAUAGACAUACUGCCUUAUCUGACAUGGACGAACCCAAAAAAUCUGGAAAAAGGGGGAAUUCCAGUGUUUCCCAAGUUCAAGGAUGCCAGGAGGAUUCUUUGCUGGCAAAAUAUGUAGAGCGUUUUCGCCAUGGUCAGCCACAGAGUCGAGAGGAGCGCCAUCAGGUGGCCUCUGCCAGUGGAGAAGAGCAGGCACCUUUUUGGUGGAUGUCACAUUCAUCUCUCAGCAGUUCAACACCAACUAAAACAACAGACGAAGAUGUUAUCCAACUUCUGAAAGAGGACCAGGAUGCUGCUCUUUAUGAUCCAUCUGCACGGCGUGACCAUAACAGAUCCCCUUCUCCCUACAGAGGAUCCAAUAGUCUUUUGUCCGACACAUCACAGGGUGAAUUUGAUGACAGGGAGAUCCUGCACCUUCAAGAAAAGGCCAGCAGACUUCUUCUGAGGGGUGAAUGUUCUGUGAGUGAUGGAUCUGUCCCUGUCAGCUCAGAGGGGCUGGGAUGCUCAGAUUUCUCCUCUCCCAUCAGUACAGAUGAGCCAGUGAAGCAACCUUUGAUUCCCAGUUUAUUCAAAAAUACUACUGCAAAGGCCAGCUCAGACUCAGCUCAUGGUGUGUCCUUCCAAAAAUCUGUCAUGCCUUCUUUGGUGCCUCCUACCCGUCCAGAGGAAGACAUAUUGUUCCAGUGGCGUUUAAGGAGGAAAAUGGAACAAGCCAGAGAGAGGCCCCUGUCUGUGCAAGCCUCCAGUCCUCAUGCAUUUGGUUGGCAGUCCAUGAGGUUAAGCUAUCCCUCCAUCAGUGAACAAGCUUACAAGGAACAGCAGGGUACCCAACCCCCUCAAUUCUCACAAAGAGAUACUCAUUCACACAUCACUGCUGCCCAGCCAGAAACCACUGAGGCCCAGAGGUUCUGUCCCCCAGCUCCAGGCCCUUCGCUAUUCCCCACCAUCAAUGUUUCUGGUUCAGUCCCUCAGCUGCAGAGCAUUGCCCAUGUUCCUUCCCACAUGCAUUUUCUCUGUGACGUCUUGCCAUGUCCCAUCCAGUCAUCUCAUGCCAAAGUGCACCAGAGCAUUUCACAAAGGUUAGACGAGUCACAAACCAAAGUUCUUCACAAAAAGACCCAAGUCCCUGAAAGCCUUGGAGAAUUAACUCUUUGUGAACGCGUGUCACUCACUCUACCUGCGCCAUCUGAGAGAGAGUGGCCUGAUCACCAAAAAAUGUUUGAGAAGAACAAGAAAAAGAAAAUGGGGAUGAAGCAAUCAGAGGUAAAUGGGAAGGAGGAAGCAGCAGUUGCUAGACAGCAAAAGAAAUCAGCAAGGAAUUCAUUACAUCAAAAGCUUCCCAAAAAGGUCACAUCAUGUAAAGAGCAGCAGCAACCAGAGAGAAGACAAGAGCUUCCCAGUGAAAGCUGUGCUGGUGAUCAUGAACCACCACCAUCUCCUAUCCGCAAUGCAUUAGGACAGGUAGUUUCAGAGGUACUGUUUCCUACGGUGGAUUCCUCUUCUCCAAAAAAGAUUCCUGUUUCAUCUGAUUCUCCUUCCUGCACCGUCUCUGCACCUUCACCACCGCCAAUUCCUCCAAGAAAUGCCCUGAACUCUAUGGAGGUCAUUUCACAGCUGCUGCAAGAGGCCGAAGAUUCGGAUGAAAAAGAGUUUGGAGAUGAUCCUUUGUUACAAGUUCUUCGCAAACAGAGAAAAUGGGUGAAGGAGCAGAUCAGUGAGGUGGACUCCAUCUUAAAUGAAUUUGUGGAAGAGCAACAAGUUACUUGAAGAACAUCAAGAGACAGUUUGUGUAGUCACAUUUAUUUAUUUUUUAUUUUAUAAAGAAAUAAAGUUAAUUUAUAUUUUUGAGGACAUUUUUCUACAAUAAAGGUUGGAGAUGUGUCUCGGUGGAUUAUUAUUCACAACACUGUGCAUGUACAAAAGUUGCACACAAAAAGCAGGAGUUGGAAAUGCUAACAGAGAAUAUUUACAAAGUAGAGUGGUUACUUGAAACAUUAUGUAACAUUGAGUAUUAGCAGAGCACUAUAUACAAACCUUGGAGUGCAGGGAACGUUAGAACUGUGCCAGGAACAGAGCAGAUGUGUGUUUUGGCACAUACCAAGUUCUGCUGGGAGUGCAGGAGCUUGAAGUUAUUGCCAUUUUUGUCAGUGUGACCAUAAAGGCUUCCGCUGAUUUAUUUUUGUGUACGGUAAGGAUGGCAGAGGUUUUAGUGUCAUCUGUUAAUGCAAUUUAAGUAAGAGGUGUGUAGCUCUGAGUUUGCAGCAUAGGUGCAGAUAUGAUAAGGAUCCCAUCUGGAGAGACCGCUGACUCCAAAGCCAUGAUGUCCACUCUCUUUGGAAUGCGGUAGCGACGGUUAAACUGCCGUGUUGUAAAUCCAGGACCGUCCUUCUAACACAAAAGAGAUGAGAAGUGAGAUGUGUAGCACAAAAAUAGAGAAAAAAUAUCCAUGUACCUCAGCAUACCAACCUUUCUCUCUUCAUGCUUUCCUUGCACUUCUACAAAGUCUCCUAUGACUUUGACGAUCAGGUCCUCUGGGUUGAAAUGUUUCACAUCAACUUGAACUGUAAAUCCGCUGUCAUCACAGGUUACCUAACAACAGGAGUCAACACUUCUGCAUGAUUAAACAAGACAUAAAGUUCCUUACAGCAGCCUGCACUCAGUAGAUAUCCUUAACCAUAUUUCGGUGUGGGGAAACUGAAAACACCUUUUCAAUAAGACGUGGAUCUGACUGAAAGCUCAGAAAAAUGUAAAGGACUCCUUUUUUUCCCUUUUACUUUAAGCCAGGGGUUGUCAAACAUGUCCAGGGGCCAGAAUUGGCCUGACAAAGACUCCAGUCUGAUCCGCUGAACUUCUUUUGAAAAUGUGGAGGGGACACUUUUUUUUGUGUACUUUUACCUGUAUUUUUGGUGGUUUAACAGCUUUUACUCCUGAUAAAUACCUCCCCCGUGGCCAUUAUUUCUCCACUAAAGUAUUAAAAAUAAAUAAAUCUAUGAAUAAGCAAAAAGUGUUACUAUUACAGGACAGUCUGUGCAAUGAGCAACCAGGACUCUUUCUGUAAUUUUACACAUUAAAUUUUUACAAUUUAAGAGCCUUGAUGACAGAUGUCUUACAUUUACUACAGCAGGAUUUCUUUAUCAGAUGUAUUGUUUAAAUUCUUUUUUUUUCUUAUACUAAGAUAAAUCAGGGAUAUCUGCUGGUUAAACCUCUUUACAUUGACAGAAAGGGGAGUUUCAAAGGUUUUACACCACAGCCUGACCUUAAGUGGGUAUGUGGUUCACAGUGUAAAAUGAGUUAAAAUGAGAACCAUGGACAAUUUAUACUAACAUAUGUUAGUAUAAAAUGUAAAUAAAUUCAGUGACCUACCUCUGCAGCGCUGGCAUUAUCAGUCUCUGGAAUGAUUAAUUUUGGGGACCAAUUAUAUUGUCCAUAAGUCCCGUUGAGCCGUGGAAUAAGAGGUGGUAAAACCUUCUCCCAGGGGAUACCACCAGCUGGCAUAGUGGGUGGCAGGAUGAAGUCCAUUUCUAGUAGGCACAAAGUUUGAAAAAUCAAGAGCUGACUAAACAGCAGUUAAGCCUACAGCACCCGAGGCUACAAGACAUAAAGCACUGAGCAGUUACCUUUGCUUAAAUUCUCUGGAGUGGAAAGAAGAGCUCUAGUUACAGCGCUUGUGUUCUCUGUGCUUCUCUCCUCUCUCGGCUCCUGGAUGAGACUGACUUGUUGCGUGCCGCGUGUUUUAUAGUGGAGUUGCAUAAUAAGUUGGGAAUUCAUCCUGGGACACCUUGCUUCUGUUAUGUUCUGGACUGCGUACCCUUGGGUGUUCCGGCAUGGUCACAGAUAAACGUGUAGGCCUAUUAUUUUGAGAGUGACACAGCUGUUGCAGGCUUAUUGUUAAUUAACGUUGUUAUUGGCCAUUAUCAAAGUUACAGCAUGCAGCCUUUUUACACGGUCAGUGGCACCAACGCGGACUAUUCAUGUGUAAUUAUCAAAGCUGUUAAGAGCUGUAUGCCUAAGGUUGGUUGUCAAGGAAGGUUUGUCCAAAAAUAAAUUCAAAAGACGACGUUAACCCUUGUUGGUUGACACCAGACGGACAGUGACAGCAGGGGCGUGCUAAACACAUGCUACAGCACGUGUACUACCAGUAAACCACUGUCCUUCCCCAUAGUUAUGAGGUUUUUUAGACCUUUAGCAAUAUAAUGUAGACAUCAUAAAAUACAUUUAGAUUGCAUAUUACUCGAGUUUUGGCUUAUUUUUAUUGACUGCCAGUAAAAUUUUAGAUUUCACUUUAAAAUUUUCGUUUUAACUUAACUUUUAGCUCUACAUAGUCAGCUCCCCGGUAUAUCUCUGACCUGUUGAAAGCUCGUUCUUCUUCCCAAACACUUAGGUCUUCAGGUCAGAGGUUGCUGUAGGUCACAUGUACUAGUUUCAAAAUUCGUGGUGAUCGGGCUUUGCAGGCAGUGGCACAGAGGUUGUGGGAUUCUCUUCCACCGUCUGUACAGACUCCACUGACUCUUUUAAAAAGCAGCUGAAGACAUUUCUAUACAGACAAUCUUUUAAUGAACUUGUUGCUUUAUGUUUUCAUUUUAUUGUUUUAUAUUAUUAUUUUAUUUUUAUUUCUGGUUUUUUAAUGUGAAACAUUUUUACCUGUGAAAAGUGCUGAAUAAAUACAUUUUACCUACUUACUAGUUCUUUUCAACCACUUCAGUCCUAAUACAUCAGAUUUAAUGAGUCAGUUUUAUAAAUGGACUGCCUGCUUUACUUAGUCUACCCUCUGUGUUAAUGCUUUUUGUUUUUAGUGCAGUUCAGUGAAGCCAACUGUCAUAUAUGGUUGCCGCGUUUCCCCCUGUUAGCAGUGUCAUUUAAGCUUGGACUGUGACUAAAAUUGGCUCUCAAUGUUAUGACUCAUAAAGGAUGACAGGGAAGUGGAGACAUUUGGAGGGCUUAACUUAUUGGAUUUCACAACAGGCGCCAGUGGUCGUCUGGGCUUUGGGAGAUUUGGCAUAUGUGACAAUGAGAGGUAUAUACAUUCUAUAAGGAGACAAAACAGUUCACUGAUCACAUAUGACAAAAAAACAAAACACAACUAUACAGGUUUGUGCAUUUAGUGGUAUAACAAUAUUCUAACAACUUCCAAAUUCAACUGAGUAAGAUUGUAACUUGGCAGCAUUGUGGACACUUUUUAUUUAUUCACACAGAAGUAAAAAUAGUGCACAAUCAUACCAUAGCACAAUAAACAGUUCAAAGACAAAAAACCAAAAACAUUAGUGAGUUGUUCAUUAUCUUAUCAUUACAAAAUUUCCAUGAUCAUAAACAUUGCCUAUUUCAAAAGAUGAAUUACCCUUCUCUAAAGCCAAAUAACUUACUCAAAUGUCUUGGUGAGCACAGAAAUGGUUUUGGGUCCUACAUUGUUUAUCUUGUGAAGAUAGGUAACAUUUACUCUUCCAUUUAGUUGGAUUUAGUUGACCCAGGAAAACAACUGCCAAAAAUCAUUCACUGUUGUUCAGGGAGAAAAAAAAUUUGGCCCAUUACAGUGGAUCAUUAGUUUUACUGAAAAGACUAAUCAGUUGAAAUGAGGGGGAAAAAAAAAAACAACCUCAA